AUGAAAGCCUCUGAGCGUCUCACCGUCGUCAUCAAACUAGGCACAAGCUCUAUCGUUGACGAAAAAACCCAUGAGCCCAUCCUCUCUAUCCUCUCGUUAAUUGUUGAAACGGCCGCCAAGCUUCACCGGGAUGGCCACAAUGUUGUCCUCGUUUCAUCCGGCGCUGUGGGUGUAGGGUUGCAACGGAUGGAUAUAGAAGAAAGACCAAAGAAUCUGCCUCGCGUCCAGGCACUUGCAGCUGUCGGUCAAUGCAGGCUCAUGAGUCUUUGGGAUGCGCUAUUUUCGCAUCUUCGUCUCCCUGUGGCACAAAUUCUGUUGACAAGGAACGAUAUCGCAGAUAGAACGCAAUAUGUUAAUGCUCAGAAUACCUUCUCGCAAUUGUUCGACAUGGGAGUGAUUCCAAUCGUCAACGAGAACGAUACACUGGCCGUUUCUGAAAUCAAAUUCGGUGAUAACGACACAUUGUCGGCCAUCACAGCAGCCAUGGUCAAGGCUGAUUAUCUAUUCUUGAUGACUGACGUGGAUUGCCUUUAUACCGCUAAUCCACGCACAAAUCCCGAUGCAAGGCCCAUAGAAGCGGUUACGGAUAUAUCUUCCCUGGAAGCAGAUGUUUCAUCUGCAGGUUCUUCCCUGGGAACUGGUGGCAUGAGCACAAAGAUCAUUGCUGCAAAACUGGGGACAAGUGCAGGUGUCACUACAAUCAUCACCAAAAGCUCGAAGCCCGGAAAUGUUCAUGAGAUUGUAAAAUAUCUCCAAAGGAUUCGACAGGAGUCCUCUGAAGGGAGCGCUACGGCCGAUAGCGAUCUUCAUAUGACAACUCAGGAGCCGCCAUCAACCCCUCCUCUUCACACCCGGUUCCUUCCCUCAGAUAGCCCUAUCCAGUCACGGUCAUUUUGGCUGCUCUACGGCUUAAAACCACACGGGACUAUCUAUAUUGACAAUGGUGCAUACCAUGCACUCCAAAACAAAGCGGGUCUUCUCCCGGCUGGUGUAUUGGGUGUGGAAGGUCAUUUUGCACAACAGGAAGCAGUGCGAUUGGUUGUGGUGGAGAAAAUCUCUCCUGAUGCUUUAAAUGGCGAAUUUCUUCAUCACUGGCAAGAGCCGAAGGAAGUUGGACGUGCUUUGGUCAAUUAUGGCAGCGUCGAGGUUGCUCGUAUCAAGGGCCACAGAAGCACUCAGAUUCAAUCCCUCCUCGGUUAUGCUGAUAGCGAAUACGUCGCCUUGCGCGAGAAUAUAUCUUUCUUCAACCACGAAGAUUCGCCUCGGCGGUAA